GAUUGAUGUAGAUAUUACGCCUUGAUAUGAUACUUUAGCAUUUACUACGUUUCAGUUGAGAUUUAAGGUUCCAAUCAUAGACGUCGACAUAGUUUUUUGAUAAUUUUAUUACAAAUUCAAAUAUGUUUUACUAAUCUCCAGUUAUCGAGAAGAAAAGUAAAGAUUUUAAUUUUAAGAAAGAAGAAAAUUCGUUAACCAAACAAACGUAGAAAUGACCGAUGCACAAUAUGAAGCUAAAUAUCAAGAAAUGCAAAAAUAUGUACCAUUCAUACAGCGUGUCAUUGAUAGACUUAAAGUUAACAAUGAACAACAGCCGGAUAAACCGCGCCAAGCGCAAUUACAAAAAAUGGAAAUGUUACAUGAUUUGCUAACGAAUAAAGCAAAAAAGAUCCGAAUAGAGACUUUAAUAAAAUGUGAAGGCGUUUUAAUUAAGUUACAUAACAAAAUUGAAAAGCAAUCCACUUUAUUGCAGAAUGAAGAUAAUGUAUUAAAUAAUGUUAAAUUGAAGAACAAAACUCCACAGCCUUCCAGUACGGCAACCAGUAGUAAUAGUAAUAAUAAAAAUACCAAAGUUUUAACAACAGAAGAAGAUAUUUGUGGGCCCGCCAGUCCGCCUCCUGAAAUAAUAGCAGAUGUUAUAGAACAACCGGUAGAAAUACCCACCGAAAGACGUUGUUCUCCUAUAUUGCUAAAGGAGCCAGUAAAAAGUAUAAACGAUAAAACUCUAUCGCAUAAAACAGAAGAUACAAAACAUUCCACUAGUGAACAGUUUCAAAAUUUAAGACAAAAAGUCUUUUCCUCGGAUAAUAAACAACAAAAUAAACCCUCGGCGGGACCACAACCAACACAUCAACAUCACCAUAAUCAUCACAAUAGAACACAUCAUGAUAAUCGUUCAAGUCAUUCGCAACAUCAUACACAUCAUCAGACGAAGCAUUUAAAUAUAUCGCGUCAAAAUAGUCCCUUUUCUAAAGAUAAUAAAACAUCCGCUACAGGCAAUGCUGCCAAAUUGCAAACCGUUAAAGUGGUGAUAACAGAACCCUUACCGGCUCAUGUUAAACAACAACAUUUUCCAUCUUCCAAACCAUUUCUACCCAGAGCUUCAAUAUGCCACAAUAAUUUAAGAACACUGGCGCAAGUAUUACCUACAGACGAUGACAACAAUGAGGCCUAUAGUCCGGAAGAAUGUUGGGAACAAUACAAUGAAUCACAUAAUAAACGUAGCAGCGGCUAUGCAGCAUCAUCAGUACCCGUUUUCUCACGUCUAGGUGCCAAAGUUACAGACGAAGUGAAAUUGGAGAGUCCUAGUGGCAGUAAACCACCAGGACGUUAUACACCUAUACCAGAUGUUUUAAAAAGUCCUCCUCUCUCUGUUAAUGAUAUCAAUAAUCUUUUAAUUGAGUCUGGAGCCGAUAAAAUAGCUAAAGAUAUUUCCGAAAUAGGCACUAGAAGGACCACAAAAGUCGAGGAUUUGUCACCUAAUAAUUCCUUUGAAUUUGUGCGUAAAAAAUUACAACAAACAGCACGUCUUAACUCUCCCAUAACAGGCGAUAGAGAUGAACGUAAUAUGUCUCCUUUGCCGCCUGAAAGAUUGGCCUUAAAAUACAAUCCUCAUCCCAGGCAAGAGAGAUUGAUAUCUAUAUCCUCUACCGAGGGCAGUGAAUGCAGUUCCCAUUCGAAAAUAAAUGAUCCAAGACUUAAAUAUAAAUUAAACAGCAGCAGCAGUACUAUAAAUUCUCCUUCUCCCAUGGUCAGUCCAAAUGUAAAUGUUUUACCAGCCAUUAAUCUUAAUGAUCCCCGGCUAAAGAAACAGAAUCUUUUAAACAACACGCCACCCCUACACUCGUCUACUCCCAUAAUGAAUUAUCCAGCAACAACUAAUUUAAGUUAUGCUGGACGUAAAGAUCCUAGAAUAUCUAGAGUAACAGCAAAUAGUAAUCACAAUUUGACUCCCAACAGAAGUGCCAGCCUUAAUCAAACACAAUAUAGUUCUGAAGAAAAUUGGGAUUCGGAUGAGGAAACAAAAGCUAAACCCUUAACUAAAGUAGAUCCUAGGCUGGCUAAAAGAGAACAAACUCCUGUGCAGAAGCCUUACGAAAGAGAGGAGAGAUCGUUUAAUUCUAAACCUCCACCCAAUAGAAGAAAUAGUUUAAGUCAAUCGCGUUAUCAAAUGGAGGCAAAAUCUUUUGAACGAGCUAAUAGUCAGCCCAGAUUUCAAGCGGAUGACGGAGGACGCAACCAUAGAGCUAAAAGUCAAACACGUUUUGUGCCAGAUACUACAAAAGAUAAGUUACCCAUUAGGGAUCAAAGUGUAAGCAGACAAGAUUCUUUGGAAGGCAAACAAACGUCUGUUAAUAAAGACUCGGAUAAAAAUAAUAAGAAAGAUAAAAAAGCUAAAAACAUACAAAAAACCUGGACAACACAUACUGUUCCCAAUCCUCCUAAAUCGGAUACCGAAGAAGAUUGGGAUUCUGAACCGGAAGAAUCUAAAGAAAAACCUAAAGUUUCAGCUGAAACUAAUAAAGUUAUAGAAAAGCAAUCAGAGCCAAUUGAUAAAUCCCCCGUGCCGCCAGUUGUAAUGACUGCUUUUCAUAAACAUAACUCACCCUCGGCUAUAGUAAGUCCUGUACACAAUAUACCCCCCUUGGCGAACUACAACCAGUUGCCUCCGCCCAUGGGGACUUACAAUCAUCCACCACCCGCCAUACAAACGGGACCACUUAACCAUACUUUUCCUGCGCAUAAUGCAAACGUCCAAAAUCGUUUUAGUUCUUUGCUAAAUGACAAAUCCGAAAGAAUUAAAUAUUUUGAGGCGAAAAAACAAAAAACCACACAACCUAGAACCUAUAAAGAGUUCCGAGAGGCUAAAGAAAGAGCACUAGCGCAAGAGACGGCCCUCAAGAAAGCGGCAGAAGAAGCUGAAGCUAAAAAGAAAGCAUUAGAGUUGAAAGAAACCGAAAAAGAGAAAGAGUUAAAUGCUAAUGACAAGCAAGAAACGGGCAAUAAAAAGUUGGAGGAAAUGAAAAAAGAUAAAAAACCAAAUAACAAUGAUGGUGCAAAAGCUUCGGCUGUCACAAAGAAAGUUGUUGUACCGACAGAAUCAGCUUUAGACAAAAUGUAUCGAACACAAAAUUUCAAUACCACAUUCUCCAAAGGUAAUUUAAGUUUUAAAAUACCCAAAAAGAAAACAGAAGAGAAAACUAAAGAGGAGAGCGCAAAAUCGGAUAUCGCAGCUAAUGUUAGUUUGGAAAACGAAAAGGUAGUAGAUAAAGAGAAAACAAAUGAAAAGCAUAAACAGGAGGAAACCAAAGAUAAACAACAAGAAGAAAGCAAACAAACUGCAAAUAAUAAGAAGCCGUUGGUAACCACUCCUACUGCAAAGCAAAUGGAAACCAAAGCUAAAGAAAUAAAUAAACAACAAGAGGAAACUGUGACCGGCAAGCAGUUGGAAAGCAAAGUUAAAGAAGUUAAUAAUAAAAAAGCGAAGGAAACUAAAACUAACCAAGAAGUAGAUAAGGAAAAACAAAAAACUAAAGAAGUUUCUAAAGAGGAAAAAGAUAAAUGUAAUCAAGAAAUAGAAAAAGAUGAAAAAACUUCAGACACCCAAAAAACCAUAGAAAGUGCAAAAGAAACAACAAAGGAAACCACCAAUAAUGAAAAUAAUAAAAAGAAUACACGUGAUCCUAGAUGUAGACCAAAACCAGCAGCAAAUACAAAGGAUAAAGCAAAAGAAACAGAAAAAGCAACUGAAAAAGAAACAGAAACAGAAAAACAAUCUGAAAAAGAAAAACCAACAGAAACUGCUAAAGAAAACUUUGAAAUGCUUUCACAAAUUGUCAUAACCUCGUCAGAAAAUGAGGUCAUACUUAAGCCGCAACAUAAUAUAAGUGCUCUCGAUAAAUUCAAUAAAUUAACACAAGAAUUAACACCCAAACCACAAAGAGUCUUGAGGAGACGCAAUACCAUGGUGGUAUUCGAUAGUGCUCCUCUAGUGGACAAAGAAAAAUUGAGAAAAGCCAAUGCUUUACUAUUCGAAGAUGUGCAAGAAGAAGAGAAACGCAAGCGCAAACAAGCCGAAGAGGAAAGAAUAAAUGCUAGACGCAAUCGAAAUCUAGAGGAAAUGUUUAAGAAAACCGAUGAUAAUUGCACCGUCUCAACGCAAAAUAUUAUUACAGGAAAGAGAAGAACACGGGCCACCAUUAAUUUCAAUGAAACAGCCUGUGCCAUAUCAGUGUUUAAACAUGUGACCUUGAAAGAUGCGGCCACAAGUAAAGUGAGUGAAACAACAACAACAACAACACCAGCAGCUAAAAAUACAAGAUCAAAUAACAAACAAAAAGCGUCAAAACCACAAGAAGAUCAUAACAAUACGGACGAUAGUGAUGAAGAUGAUGAUGAAAGGGAACAAGCUAAGAACAAGAAGGAAACUAAAGCCAAUAAAAACAAAAAUACAAAAGAAACUAAACAAAAACAAGAUGAGGCAAGCAAGGAAGCAGAAAAAACUAAAGCCACUAAUGAAACAGAAAACAAAUCGAAAGCGGUCAAAAAAAGAACUCAAGCAAAUAAAAAACUACAGCCGGGAAAAAACACGGAAACUCCUAUAACUGCAGCAGCUAGUGGUAGUAAUAAUGAAACUACCUUUAAGCCUAUAGCUGCAACAAACGAAGAAGAGCAUCAAAAUUGUGCCGUUUCCUCAACAUCCACCGAGGAACCAGCCAGCUGUUCUAAUGCUAUUAAGGAGACCUCCCUUAAAAAGGAAGCAGAUGACAAUGAACCUACCAGCACGGCCAACAAGUCUAAUAAUCCUACACCCACACCUGAAGCUAAUGUUCAUGUACUCAAUGAAAUAGUCGAUCAAAUACUCAAACCUAAUGCUGAUAGAGAUCAUAUUUUAGGUUUGUUGGGCCAGAUAUUAAGUGAUGAAAGACUGGAACUUAUAAAAUCUUUAAUAGAGUCCAGUCAUAGACAAACCGAAGAAGCGGAGGAAAAUAAACAAGAAACGAAUAAUGAAAAAGAGAUUAAAAAAGAAAAAACACAAGCAAACAAUAUGCAAAAUCAACAAACAAAUGAGGAAGAGGAAGAAGAGGAGGAGGAAGAAGAUGAUCCAGAAGAUUUAAAACCUCUAAAACCUAAAGCAACAACAGUAGCGGAAGAGGGAGUAAGGAAAGCAAGAGGAGCGAAAAAAAAUCAAAAGAAACGCAGUGAGCUAGAAAGAUUAAAUGAUGACAUCAGAGAUAUGUUUAUAUGUGAGGGUGUAUUGACGGCCACUGGACGGCGUAUGUGUACCAUUAUGGGCAAGGAAGUGGAAACGGAAAGCAGCAAAAAGUCUACGAAAGAAAACAAAGACAAUGAAACGAAUCAACAGGAAAUGGUAGGCAAAAGAAAAGAAGAAAAACUUAAGCCGCCAACAAGCAACCGACCCCUCAGACGAUCUCUAAGAGGUUGUAACACUAAUGAAGAUACCAAUGAUGAUGAUGAUGAAGCCUUAUCUAUAUUUUCACGUACUACAGAGGAGUCCCUAGAUAACACUAAUACCAGUUUUAAUACGGACAGUACACCGCAAAGAAAAAUGCCCAUAUUAAAGCCAAAUACACCCAUUAAAAUACCCGAGGAAGAGGUACAGGAAGCUCCCAAGAAAACCAACAAAAAUAAUAAAAGAAAAUCCGUUACCAAGUCCAAUGUAAGAAAUAAAAAAGCUAAAACUAAAGAAGAAUCCGAAACAGAAGAUAGAGAUACUGAAACCGAAGUGGACGAAGAGGAACAGGAGGAGGAAGAAGAGAAUUCGUUAAAAACAAAACCUAAAAAUAAAUCCGCCAUUAAGAACACCAAUCUACACUGGCAUAAUCAAUCAAAAUUCACCAACUGGUGCAUGAUUUGUGAAAAGAAAAUCCCCACCAAUAAAGGUUCAUUACACUACAAAAUGCAUCAUGGUGAAAAUUAUAUAUCACGCUUGGCUCCCGUCUUGCUGCAGCAAUUUAAAAAAGGAAAAUGCAAUCAACCCAUAUUUGGUGUUAAGAAGACACAAAGACAACCUUCCUGGUUCUUUAGAUGUCCCUUCUGUCUUAACUACUUCAAUACGCCCCUGCCUCUCUGGCUCGAACACUUUCAAAAUCAUACAGUGGAAUUUCGUUAUGAAUGCUGCAAAUGUCAUUAUUGCAGCAAUCGUAGAAUGACAGUGGCGCGUCAUGUUAAGACUUGCGAGGGUGGCAGCAUUGUUACUUCGAUGGUUAAGCUUAAUAAACCCACUGAAAUAAAUGCUCAUGUUUGUCAUCUUUGUAAUUUUAUACAAUUGAAGAGGAUCAACUUGGAAAGACACUAUAUAGAACAGCAUCAUUUGGAUAAGAAAAAAGUGGAGUUGUUGGGUUAUACCGUCACCUUGUUCGAUGUGGCAAAUGUGGAAUGUGUUACUGAGGAUAGGGCUAUCGAAAGAGAGAAUGAAGCCUGGAAGGAAAUAGAAAAAGAUGAACAGAUUAUUGAUAUAGAAGAUGAUGAGGAAAUAUCUGAAAGAUCUGCGGCAGAAGAAACUAAAGGUUCAGAAAAUGAGACUACAACUUCCAAGAAGCAAUCGCCAGAAGCGGAAGUAACAAAGGAGAGUGAAAAAGAUGCCAAAGAAACUAAUACUGAUGAGGAUCGAGAAACUGUAAACAAACCUAAAGAAACUGCAAAAGAAUCGGAAGAAAAGCUAAAGGUAAAACGUGUAUUGGAGUUGGAAAAAUCCAAAGAUUUGGAAAAACUUAAACAAUCCGUAGCCGAUAAGAAUUCUAAUGAAAAUCAGCAAAAACUAUCUAAAGAAACUGACAAAGAGAAGGAAUUAGUACAAGUUGAAACUGCUGCCACUAACAACAACACAACAAUGCUGGAUGAGAGGAACAACAAAGAGACAGACAAGUCAAUUCCAACCGAAAUAACUAAAGAAGAAAGUAAAAAGAAGGAGAAAGUUUUACAAACACAACUACAACCUGCUAAAACUAAAGAUUCCAGCAAGAAGCAGGAAAUAAGCAAAACCAAACCAACCGAAAACGAACCAGCAACAGAUAAAACUGAAGACAACCAAAAAGAAGCAGACAAAGAAGAAAUAUCAAAUGAAAGUGUUUUAAAAGAACCAACAGAAACCGAAGACCUAACAGAGACAGAGAAAGAAACAAACAAUGAUAACUUCAGUACAAAUAAACUAAACAAGGAAGAAAUCUUAAAGCCGGAAACUCCAAUUAAAACUUUAACAAAAGAACAAGAAAAACUGAAGAAAAUACCAACCAAACAGGAAGAAAAAACAAACAAGGUUAUAGAUUUCGACUCGAGCGAUAGUGAACCCUUAAUUAAUAAAGAUUUGGAGGUAGUAAAUAAAACAGCGACGGCACAAGAUCUACAAGAUGAACUCUUAGCUUUGGCGGCACAAGCAGCUGAUGAAGUUAAUGCUACAGAAACCACUAAGGAGUCACAUACUAAUCUACAAAAUGAGCUAUUGGCUUUGGCAGCACAAGCAGCUGAAGAAGAUCCCACAGAAACGCCAAAAAUUUGCCUAGAAGAGGAGGAAGAAACACAAAACUCUGAGGCAAGUAGUAAGGAGUCACAAAUAAACUUAAAUCCAAAGGAUUGGGAACAUGAAAUCUCCAAUGAAACUAAAAAACUACCUACACCCCAAACUACCAUGUCGGAUCUUAUAGCAAGUUCCAUAGAUUUGAUUUACAAAAGAGGUGAUAGCAGCAAACGCAAAUCUAUAUGUUUGGAAGCUUCUGAAGCCAAAAAACUUAAACAAAAUGCCUCAAAUGCUUUCAUGCCUAGUCGUGAAGAGAACAGCAACUCCCCCACCAUACAAAUAUUGGCUCAAUCCAUUAUCAACAUAGAAGAACAGGCCAAUGAAGAUGGUGUACGGCAGGCUAACAAACCCAUAACCAUGGCGGAGAGAUUAAGUCAACGUUUUAAAGAUUUACAACAACCUACGGAAGUGAAACAAACUGAAGCUAAAGAAAAUGCCUUUGAGAAACUUGUAAAUGAAACGGUUAAGGACUUGGAACAAGAAACGCACACGGCAAUGCCACCAUUAAUAUGGAAGAAAAAGGAUGUCCCUAAACCAAUAGUGUAUAAUGAUAUAACUGUUAUCAGUGAUGAUGAGGAUUGGGAAGAUAUAGAAAUAACAGAAACUGCUCCUACGGUUAGUGCCACGAAUACAGGUAAUAUACCCAAGUCCAAGAAUAAGGGUCUUUUCCAGAAAUUUGGUUUAUUAAGGGGUAAUAACAAAAACACCAAAAAACAUUUAACACCCAUGGGAUUUUUACCCAAAAAGAAAAGCCUAAAAGAGAAAAUUCCCUCCAACAAUAACGGCACUAUUUUAAACACACCACCACCAACCACUACAAUAACAACUAAAAAUCAAACAAACACCAACACUUCCCCCAACUUUAGUUCAACAACUAAUACGCCACUAACUAAUACAACUGCUCAUAUAGGUUUUAAACCUGUUAUCAAUAUCAUGGAUGAUCUUUUGCCCGAUUCACCCUGUAAUGAUCCCAUAGAUUUAGUGCCGGGCUUGGCUCCUCUAGAACCUUUACAAGAUCUUAAUGAUAUUUCCUCGAUAUUGGAUUCCAAUCUAAGUGCUGUGAAUAUAAAUGCAGCCGAUCAACACACCAGCAUAGAAGAUGCAUUAGAUUUUGUUUCCGAGCAACAGGCCCAUGAUAAACAACAGACAAAAUGCUCCAGCAAAAUCUCCAUAAAUAAUAUCUCACAUGUGGGCUAUUCUCUGCAGUUGACGGGAGAUAAUCCUUUUAAAUUCUAUUGUUUAUUAAAGAAUUGUUCAUUUUUAUACUCGAGUGAUUUGGUGGGUUUGGAAACGCAUUUCAUGUGUGAACAUCAACAUAUUAAAUGGAAUGGUUAUUGUUUAAUGUGUCACGAGCAAUGUUUUCCCCAGGAAAAUGCCAAUAAAGAAUAUUCCAUAACCCAAGAAAUACGUCAUAUGAUGGAGAAACAUGCACACAAACCUUUAUUGGAUCUUAAUAACGAUUCUACCCAGCAUUCUACCACCUCUAGUCAGGGUAGCGAGGAAAGACCGAAAAUUAAGCUACGGCGUUUAACAGGCGACUGUCUUUCACGUUCUACACCCGAUAUGGAGGUUAAAGGUAAUGAGAGUGCGAGUGUAUUAAGUUCUGCUGCUCCCUUAACCAUGUUGGGGGCAUUAUUGGUGGCCAAACCUAAACCGCCCACCAAGGACAUGCCUCCUCAACCACAAAUGCCCUUAACGGAGCCCUUACUAUUAAAUGCUGGUCCUGCUGUAGCUUUUAAUAAUGUCAGUAAAGAUUUUCUCAUCACCUCGGUAACCUCUUCGGCUCCCAACCAACAAACACCUUUACAAAUUUCCAAUGUUAUAAGUUUGAAUCCCAACACAAACACUGAACAAUUACAAUUGCCCAAAAUUUCUAAUGUACGCACUCUGGCACCCAAAGUGGGUAGUUUAUGGACGCAGCAAAUAGAAAAGGAGCGUGUAGAAUUGGUAGAAGCUGCCGCCGAAUCUCUAGAGGUUUCUAAUAUCUUGGCAAAUGCUGGCAAUCCCUGUACCGAAAGAGAAGUACCACGCAAUUUAGACGACUCACCGGUAAUUGUGGCCGAAACAUUGCCUUUGGCCCAAAACAAAACCGGAGAUUUUGUAAUAACCCAAACCGUGUCGGCUCAGUACAAUGAUCAAUCAUCGGCGGCAUUGGGUUUUAAUAUUUCCAUAGCUGCCUCUACUGCCAAUAAUAAUAAUGCACCAACUAACGAAACCAUGAACUCACCUAGUUCUAACUUUACCAUAACUUCACGUCAAUAUAAAUGUAUGGGUAGUGGUUGUAAAUUUGUCAGUCGCGUCCCAGUGGCCAUGAGUGAUCAUUUGCGUUUUCAUGAACGGAGAAAUUUCUCCAAUAAACAUGACUAUUUGGCUUGUGGUUUCUGUUUCUAUUGUGCCACAGAUGUUGAGGAUUAUAUGAAACAUGCCGAUCAGUUUCAUAUUAUCAAUAAAACUUUAAACAAACUUGCAGCAACAUCGGCCGCAAAUACUGCAACAACAACAGCAGCAGUUAAUACCAAUAAGUCAACGCAAGGUAAUAUAACAACCACAGCUUCAACAACGACGUCUGCCCUUAAUACUGUUUCCCCUAAGCCGGCGGCCAAUAAAGAAAAAGACACCGCCAUUUCCUUAAAGGAAAAAAUACAAGAUAUAUUAAACAGUGGCGGCAAUGUGGUAAUUACCGACAAGAGAAAUGCCAAAUUUAUACAAAAUCAAAUUUCCAAACAUUUCCCAGAACCUGAAGAAGUUUACCUUCGUAAAUUAAGAGAAACCAUAGAGGAAACUGUAGGACCCACCGGUUUGGCAGAUGAUAAACUCUAUCGUUGUGUUAUUAAAAACUGUCAGACCCAGCUAACCGAGAGUAAUUUUCUAACGCAUGUCAUGUAUCACAUCUCUAGCAUGGGUGGUAAUCCCAAUAAUUACACCUAUAAAUGUCCACAUUGUACAGCACAAUAUCAUCGUCCUGCGGGCAUUAAAGCUCAUAUCAAAAAUCAUGCACGUAAUCGUUACUUUUGCUAUUUAUGUGAUCAAACUUCCACCAAUCCGGGUCAAUUGCUGAAACAUUUCUCGGAAAAACAUUGGCACACUUUAAAUAUGUAUACCAAAGAGCUGCUUAAACCGAAAAUUUCCAAUGAUGCUUUAGGCACUGUAUUAGAUUCCGGCUAUUAUGUGGCCUAUACUCAAGAUCUAAGCGAUGAGGAAUUAAGAAAAUUUGGUGAAAAAUUAAUAUUAGAAUGGCAGCGCAAGAAGUCGGGUUCUAAAACUCAUUUCAAAUCUAGCGAGAUAGAUUUAUUGCCCUUAUCGGCCAUAUUCCAGCGUGAAGUCAAUUGUGGCGAGUGUAAAUACAAAACCAAAGUACGCACCAAUAUGCUCAGACACUUGCAAAUGCAUAAACAAAAUCCCGAUUUGAGUAAUAAAACUGAUGCCACUAAAGCCUACAGUGUGGAUCCUGUAAAUCCAGUGCCUUGUUUAAACAGCAGCGAAAGAUUUUUCGAUAAAAUGACCAAUUUAGCUUCAUCUUCCUUAAUACCUUCCUCUUCCACAACAGCCGCAGCAUCGGCUACAUCCACAGCACCGAAACCAGCCUUUAAAAUUCCCUACAGCUUUUUAUCAGAAAGUAAAUGUUAUACUUGUGGCUGUCCUGGCUGCAAUUAUCAUACCAUUUCGGUGGAUUUAUUCCGUGCCCAUUUAAAUGCUUUGCAUUCGAAUAAUGUAACAUAUCGUUGCACUUUUUGUCUGGAGGAAAUCUGUAAGAGAGGCAUUACUAUUGAGCGGAUUUUAAAUCAUUUACGUUUUCAUGGCGCCACUCUAUUUCGUUGUGAAGAAUGUAAUUAUAUUCAUUAUUUGCGUUAUGUGGUGGAGAGACAUAUUAAUGAGAAGCAUGCCAGUUCCAAAGUGAAUAUUGUUACGCAUGAGCGUUCCGACGAAGACGACGCAGAGGGUAAUACAACGAUGGUGGCAUUUGCAGGCAAAAAAUAUAAAGAUACUUUGGAUACCAAUCAAUCAACUGCUGGAACUUCUAGUCCUGUAACACGUUCAACCAACAGUGACAAUGCAGCCCCAAAACCUAUAGUAACUUAUGUAAAUUCAGCCAAAACGAAAGGUAAGUGGGUGUGUGAUGUAUGCGGCCAUCGCUCUACCACUGUGGGACAAAUGCAAACCCAUUGCCAGCAACAGCAUGGUGUUAAAAAUCAAUAUAAAUGUGCCCACUGUACCUUUGGAUCUCAUCAGCUGUCACAAAUUCUUUCGCACAUCGAUGAGAAACAUGCGGGCAAGACAAGAGAAGCCCGUUAUAUGUAUCAUAGAUCUGUUAAUAACAAUGAAGAUGUGGCCGAUACAAGGCCACUGUGGCAAAGAAACGAUCCCACUCGUGUUAGACAUAUACGUGGAAUUUUAAUGGAAGAUGAAGAAGAGUCGGAGGAAUAUCGCAAAAAGUUACAGUUAGAGAAUAAUGAGGGCGAGGAGGAUGAUGAGGACCAAUCGGUGGAUGUGGAAACACAAGAUGACGAAGCGCAUAAUGCAAAUUAUAUUUCGGGCUAUGAGUUUGGCUGUUAUCAUUGUGCUUUUAAAACACAAAUAUUUGAGGAUUUAAAGAAUUUACAUUACAAUGAAGUUCACAAUCAACAGCAGGAGUUGGCCAAACCAUUCUGGUUUCGUUUGCUUAGAAGGCUGUGUUGUCCGGAAUGUCGUAAUUUUACUGGUAGUAACAGUGAACUGCAGCAGCAUUUAUUAAGUGUGCACAAAAAGUCACGUUACUUUGCAGCCGAUGUGACGAUGGCGGAAAAUGAUGACAACUGUCAAAGGUUACUGUGUGGUUACUGUUCCUUUCACUGUGCUAAUGUUGAAAACUUGUACAAGCAUCAUUUGCGUGUUCAGCAUUGGCCCCAAGACAUACGUAUUGAUAAUAAUGAACAGAUUAUGGAUAUUUUAGCUUUAGGCAAACCGGAAGUGUCCUAUCAGUGCACUUUGUGUGCCGAUAUCUUUUCCAAUCGCGUGGCUAUUGUACAGCAUGCCUGUAAUAUGCAUGCGGGCGAGGAGAGUUUCUCCUUUAGGGAGCUUAGCAAUACUCUGAUCUAUCGUUGUAGCAGCUGCUGCUUUACCAGUACCUCUGAAAUGGACCUGAUGAGACAUAUGAUCGAUCAUUAUGGUCGCUUUAAGAAUUGUAAUUUUUGUGGCCAACAGCAAAGUUCCUUCAAUGUUUAUAUGCAGCAUUGUUAUGCGGAACAUAAGCAGGAAAUACAAAAGUUUAGAACCAUUUAUCCGUUCCGAGAAAUACGCAAAUUUUUACUACAAAUAUUAGUAAUAUUUCCCAGUGGUCUGGUGCUCAAUAAACGUAAUCUUUUAAAUACUAAAUACGGAAAAACGGUAAUAAUAGAUGAGUUAUAUGAGGAGAUAUAUAAAAUAUCACAACAGCCGCCUAUACCAAGGCUAUCGAUAGCACGUUUAGUGGCGCGCAAAUCUAUAGAAGCUCAACAGAAACAAGUGGAUUAUACCGCUAAUGCUACGCCUCAAGAUGAAAUUUUAGAAGCCAUGCAAUCUAGGCCCAAAAGUGUAACCAAAAGAAGACGCACGGUGGUUUUAAGUGUAGAGGAUUCUGUCGCCAGCACAAGCUCUAACACUUUAUUGAAACCUAAAAUCUCGGUAAUUGAAAAUAAAACUCCAGCCGCCAUUAGAAAAAGAAGAACCACAGUAGAUCAUGAAAAUUUAAUGACACAACCACAACAAAUAGCCAAUGAAUUUAGUGCUCCCUUGCAAUUGGCUAAAAUCUCAAAACGUAGACGCACGGUGGCAGUGGACCGUGACACUUUAUUCUCUUCCAACUUAACCUCUAACACCAGCAAUUCCUUACUAAUCGAAAAGGAGUUAAAUAAUAAAAAACGCAAAUUCUCUAAUACACCCACACACUCACCAAAACAUUCAACUGAACAUAGUUAUCCACAAAAUUUAGACGUUGAACCCUUUUCCUAUUAUGGUCAAACGCCUGAGCAAUUAGAUUUAACUAAAAUCUAUACUAAAGUAGCUAUAGGAGGCAUAAAAACUCCCUUAACUAUAGAUAAAUUUAAGCUAUUGUUUAAUAUUGAUUGUCAGUUAAAAUUAACUAAAUGUGAUGCCGUAGAAGAAGACGAAGAAGAAGGUAAAAAGUUAAUGGCCUAUAAUGGUUAUAAACAUAUUAAAAAAGCCUGUCCUGCAAGCCAUAAGAUAAAGUUUAAUUGAAGAAACUCAAAAAAAGAUAAGGAAAGUUAUAAACUUUCUUUUUAUAAGUAAAAACAAUAAUAAGACUCUUAGUUAAUAAGUCAGCAUCCUAAAUGAAAGUUAGGAUAUAUAUAUUUUUUAAGUUGUUUUACUUAACGUUAAGUACCUUUAAAUGCCCUUAAACUGUUAAACAAGUUAAAUUUUUGUCUGUUUAAACUCCUUUAAAAAGAAAAAGCUAUAGACCAAUAUUUAAAAACAAACUGUAUAUAAACAAGUUAUUUGUUUAGUUCUCUGUUACUGCCUCUAUAUACCAGGAUCUAAUUUUAGGUUAUGUAUGGCAGGCGUUAAAAAAUGAGCUCUCUGCUUGAGAGAAAAAGCAGAGCUUAACAAAAUUUUAUUAUCCCUGUUAAGAUUUAAGUUAUGUUACUUCCUUUUUUUCCCAAAUUAUUAUUAUUAUUACAACUAUUAUUUUUUGAAUAUAGGAGUAAUUUUUUUAUAUUAAUUAUUAUUAUUAUAACACUUAAAAAACUUUUAUUAUUAUCUAUAUUAUUUAACUGAAAUA